CCUGGUUGGGCCGGCGGCGGGCGGGCAGGAGCGCGCGGAGCGGCGGGGACGCGCUCACAGCGAGGCCUGCGCCAGGCUGCGGGCACCAUGCGGCGGGCACGGAGCAGCGCCGCGGGCCCCGCGCUCCGGCAGAAGCGGCCCUCGGCCCCACGCGCCCCCGCUGCCGCCCCCGCCGCCCCUGCGCCCGGCGGUGCCCGGCGGUCUGCUGGCCAGGCCGCGAGCGGGAGCCGGGCCGCGGCCGCGCAGCCGUCGGCCAAGCAGCGGCGGGCCCAGGAGGCGGGCCCCGGGGAGCCGCCGCCCGAGCCCGCGCCGCCGCCCGCGACCCCGACGCCCUCGGGGUCCGCGCUGGACCUGGGGGAGCAGCGGGAGCGCUGGGAGACGUUCCAGAAGCGGCAGCGGCUCACGUUUGAGGGCGCCGCCAAGCUGCUGCUGGACACCUAUGAAUAUCAGGGCCUUGUGAAACACGCAGGAGGCUGCCACUGUGGAGCAGUUCGUUUUGAAGUUUGGGCGUCAGCUGACUUGCACAUCUUUGACUGCAACUGCAGCAUUUGCAAGAAGAAGCAGAAUAGACACUUCAUUGUUCCAGCUUCUCGCUUCAAACUCCUGAAGGUUAGUGCAGAGGACAGACUGAGUGCAGAGUCUUUGGGAGCCGAGAGCUUAACCACAUACACGUUCAAUACACACAAAGCACAGCACACUUUCUGUAAGAAAUGUGGUGUUCAGAGCUUUUACACUCCUCGCUCAAAUCCUGAAGGCUUCGGAAUUGCCCCACACUGCCUGGAUGAGGGCACCGUGCGGAGUGUAGUCAUUGAGGAAUUCAAUGGCAGCAAUUGGGAGAAGGCUGUGAAGGAGCAUAAGACCAUCAAGAACAUGUCUAAAGAAUGAACCUACACUUCUCCUCCCUGAGAAGGAGGAACUGGGGCUACCACCUGGCUCUCCCUCUACGCCUCAGUGGUGCUCGUGAAUGUGACUGAUCCAGUCUGCCAGUUCUGCUGGCCAGCAGAUAUCUCAUUUUGCUCUAGUUACCACUUUCUGUAGGCAGCUCUUUGUCCCUCCUUGAAAAAUCAAAAUCAAAUUUUGUCCCUCCAUCAAAAUUUGAUGUAGGCUUGUUGACCUUUCUCUACCCAACUUUUGUGUGAUCUUUUAGAAAAAUAAAUAUUUUUAACAUUAAAGAGGUUACUAUGGUUUAUCAUUUUCUU